AUGUAUUUUGAUACGAAUGUAAGCAGCAGGUGUCUUGGGGCUGGCAUGAUGAAUGUUUUAGAACAGCUUGGGCAUGACGGGAUGUGUGUGAACACUGUGGUUGAUCUUGAGUCGGUGAAGAAGUACAGGAGGCCUGCUGUUGAUGAGUGGAAGGACAAGAAUGUUUACGAAAGGGUGGAGAUAAGGUACAGGGGCCACGGUGAUUGGGAUGGCGCAAGAAGGAUGAUUGGCCCUGAUGUUGUUGCAAUUCGGGUAGAAGACAUGAACGAUUUCAAGAAGGCCAUUGAGAUGUGCCCGGACAUAGUCACUUUUGAUUAUUCCAAGAGCUUUUGCAUUAGAAGGGAUGAGGCUGUCGAGGCUAUGAAGAGAAACAUAUUUUUUGAGAUUCCUUUAGUGUGUGGGCUGUAUGGGCAAAGAGACAAGGCAGUGUGGAUGAGGAAUGCUAGAAGACUUCUAGACGUCACUGAGGGGGUGAAUGUUGUAGUAGGGAGCGGGGCAACAUGCCUCACAGAGAUGAGAAGAAGGCAGGAUGUCAUAAAGAUUCUCAGAGGGCUUGGGAUGAGUGAGGAUGGUGGAAGAAAGAUAUUGCUGAAUUCUGCUAGGCUGGUUAGGUCUUGUGAUGUAAGAAGAGGAUAUGUUGUAAAGUGA